GAGAGGAGGACCUGUGAACAGGAAGGGAGACGCUAGUGGGGGCAGUCAUGACCGGUGAGGAGCAGGAGAUACUGAAACACAGAGACGGGCAAGGCCACUUGUCUCCUGCCAGCCCUCUGUGACGGGGACAGCUGCAGCCUCCGUAACCUGAGUCCCCCUACCCCUCCCAGCUGUAUUUAUAGCCCUGGCCUAGCCCAGUCCCUGCCCCCAGAUCUGAGUUCCAGGGACAGGAGGUCAUGGGCACGUGUGUUGAGGGCCAUGUUCCUUUCCCCCACUUCCAGGGCCUCAACAUUGGCAUCACUGUCUCACCAGCGUGUGUCAUUCCGGCUGGAAACACCCCACAAUCAAACCCCCAGUCCUUCCAUGCGAGGGGUCUCUCCCAUCUGAUAAGUCUCUUCUGCCUCCCCCAGGUGCCCCAGGCUCCCCCAAAAACCUGCUAAAAGUCUAGCCUUUGUCUUUGCAGCUGCCAAACAUGAGCUUGUUGGUAGGUCAAAGUCAAGUCCCUUGGCCCCCAUCUCCUGGCCAGGGAGAGACCCCUCACUGGUCCCCUCCCCAGCUGGGAGGAGGAGGAGCAGGAGGCGGCAGGCGGGGACUGACCCAGAAUAACUCAGGGCUGAGAGUAAAUUUAGCCAGAGAGAGGGGAGGGGAAAGACCCUAUUGGCUGGGGAAUGGGGAGGGAGGGCCCCAGAGGGGGGUCAGGGGGCUCGGGAGACAGCCUCAGAGGGGUGUCCAGGGCCAGGCAGCAAGGACCAGAGGAAGGUGGACAGAGACCGACAGGACAAAGCAAAGGAGCGACACAGAGAAAAAAAGAGACUGACCCCAAAGGGACAAAGACCCCAACAUUCGUCCACCUCGCCGCAGAGGCAGCUGGAGUCAGUGCUGCCUGUCCGUCCCCAUGGGCCACCGUAGGCCAUGGCUGCACACUUCUGUCCUCUGGGCUGGGGUGGCCAGCCUGCUCCUCCCCCCGGCCAUGACCCAGCAGCUGAGAGGGGCCGGGCUGGGCUUCAGCAACUGGAACAACAACGCCGGAGUCACCGGGCUCUCCCAGCAGGCAUCGGCAGAGCUUGGCCACCACCUCCACAGCCCGAAAGACCAUCCAGAUGAGAACGAGGAUGUUUCCACAGAGAAUGGACAUGAUUUCUGGAGCCACCCAGACCGUGACAAGGAGGAUAAAGACGUCCCCAAGGAAUAUGGGCACCUACUCCCGGGCCACAGGUCCCAGGACCAUGAGGUUGGAGACGAGGAUGUCUCAGGUGAGGAGGUCUUUGCACAGCAUGGUGGGCAGGCCCGUGGGCACAGAGGCCAUGGGAGUGAAGACAUGGAAGACUCAGCUGAGCACAGGCACCACCUCCCCAGCCACAGGAGCCACAGCCAUCAAGACGAGGAUGAGGACGAAGUUGUGUCCAGUGAGCAUCGCCAUCAUAUCCUCAGGCAUGGACACCGAGGCCAUGAUGGGGAAGAUGAUGAAGGAGAAGAGGAUGAGGAGGAGGAGGAGGAAGAGGAGGUCUCCACUGAGUAUGGACACCAGGCCCACAGGUACCGAGGCCACGGGAGUGAAGAGGAUGAGGAUGUCUCAGAUGGACACUAUCAUCAUGGCCCCAGCCACAGGCACCAAGGCCAUGAAGAAGAUGACGAUGAUGAUGAUGAUGUCACCACUGAGUAUGGACACCAGGCCCACAGGCACCGAGGCCACGGGAGUGAAGAAGAUGAGGAUGUCUCAGAUGGACACCACCAUCAUGGCCACAGCCACAGGCACCAAGGCCACGAAGAAGAGGACGAUGAUGAUGAUGAUGAUGUCACCACUGAGUAUGGACACCAGGCCUACAGGCACCGAGGCCACGGGAGUGAAGAGGAUGAGGAUGUCUCAGAUGGACACUAUCAUCAUGGCCCCAGCCACAGGCACCAAGGCCACGAAGAAGAAGAUGAUGAUGAUGAUGAUGAUGAUGAGGUCUCCACUGAGUAUAGACACCAGGCUCACAGGCACCGAGGCCACGGGAGUGAAGAGGAUGAAGAUGUCUCAGAUGAACACCAUCAUCACGGCCCCAGCCACAGACACCGAGACCACAAAGAAGAAGAAGAUGAUGAUGAUGAUGUCUCCACUGAGUAUGGACACCAGGCCCACAGGCACCAAGACCACAGAAAGGAAAAGGAUGAGCCUGUCUCAGGUGAACACAACAGUCAUGUCCCUGACCACAGGCACCAAGGCCACAGAGACGAGGAAGAAGAUGAGGAUGUGUCCACUGAACAUUGGCACCAGGGUCCCCAACGUGUCCACCAUGGCCUUGUAGAUGAGGAAGAGGAAGAAGAGGAGAUCACAGUCCAGUUCAGCCACCGUGUUGCAAGCCACCAACCUCAAGGCCACAAGAGUGAUGAAGAGGACUUCCAAGAUGAGUAUAAAACAGAAGUCCCUCACCAUCACCACCACAGAGUCCCCAGGGAGGAAGAUGAGGAGGUCUCCGCUGAGCUUGCCCACCAGGUCCCCAACCACGGGCAAAGCCACCAAGAUGAAGAAACUGGCCAUGGUCAAAGAGGGUCCAUCAAAGAGAUGAGCCAUCACCCCCCAGGACACACAGUGGUCAAGGAUAGAAGCCAUUUGAGGGAGGAUGAUUCUGAGGAGGAAAAGAAGGAAGAGGACCCCGGCACCCAUGAGGAAGAUGAUGAAAGUUCAGAGCGGGGAGCGAAAGGCACCCACCAUGGCAGCUGGGACCAGGAAGAUGAGGAGGAUGAGGAGGAAGGUCAUGGCCUCAGCCUGAAUCAGGAGGAGGAAGAAAAGGAAAACAAGGAGGAGGAGGAGGAGGAGGAAGAAGAGGAGGAGAGGAGAGAAGAGAGGGCUGAAGUUGGGGCCCCACUGAGUCGAGACCACAGCGAGGAGGAGGAGGAGGAGGAGGGGCUGGAGGAAGAUGAGCCCCACUUCACCAUCAUCCCCAACCCACUGGACGGGAGAGAGGAGGCUGGAGGUGCCUCCAGUGAGGAGGAAAGCGGUGAGGACACAGGUCCACAGGACGCUCAGGAGUACGGGAACUACCAGCCAGGGUCCCUGUGUGGCUACUGCUCCUUCUGCAAUCGAUGCACUGAAUGUGAGAACUGUCACUGUGAUGAGGAGAACAUGGGUGAGCACUGCGACCAGUGCCAGCACUGUCAGUUCUGCUAUCUCUGCCCGCUGGUCUGCGAAACGGUCUGCACUCCAGGAAGCUACGUCGACUAUUUCUCCUCCUCCCUAUAUCAAGCCCUGGCGGACAUGCUGGAAACGCCGGAACCCUGACCCAGCCGCUCGACUGCGACACAGGUGUACCUCCCCUUGCCUUCCAACCCCUUUCCAUGAGCCAUAUUUAUUUCUCUGAAUAAACGUGCUCCCCGAAACCUCA